GUUUAAAAGACGCGAUAACUCAUUCAAAUCAAGUGUCCGUUCCAUAUGGAGUCUUCAGUUAUUGUCGCUGUCAGGGUAAGGCCUUUAACAAAACGGUAAGUAGUACGACCUAAGAUUAUGUAUUCAGGGAGGCCCUAAACAACCGACAGUGCCCUAUUCAGAUCCCUAAACCAGGUGUUGUCCAUGUGUUCGAAUCCAAUGUUAAAAAUAACGUUAAUGUUCGUGAGUUCCAAUUCGAUCACACAUUUUGGUCACUUAACGAUGGAUCGAAUCAUAUGCCACAUGCAAGUCAGGAGUUAGUGUACCAAACACUUGGGUUUCCAUUAUUGAUAAGAGCUUUGGAAGGUUACAAUGCAUGCCUUUUCGCAUACGGAAUGACCUCUUCUGGGAAAACAUAUAGUAUAACUGGACCUCCUGAUGACCCGGGAAUAAUCCGGAGAAUUUCAAAAGACGUGUUCGAGGAAAUUGGAAGAAGAACGGUACUCUUGGUAGUUGAUCCUGUUUGAUGUGCAUUUAGGAACCCACUACAAGAUUUUCUGUUAAAAUGAGUUAUUAUGAAAUUUAUAAUGAACGAAUACGUGACCUCCUUUCGUCGAAUUCUACCAGAAACGGGACUAAACAUAUUUUAGGAGAUAUUGACAACAUGUAUAAUAGUCACAUAACCGUUGUUGAUCUCGCUGGAAGUGAACGUCAAACAUCUACAUCGACUUUGAGUGGACGUUUUAUUGAAAGCUGUCAAAUCAACAAGUCGUUGUUUACUCUCGGGAAGGUAAUCACUCAACUUUCCCAGAAUAUUACUUACAAGAGAAGGGCAUUUCCAUCCCCUGAACCACGUUCAGUUGUUCAUGAUACUUGUCCACUGUUUUCCGUAACUCCGUGCCGUUUGGUCAAUAAACGACGGGAUUUUGUUUCUUAUCGUGAUUCCUUGCUAACCUGGUUAUUGAAGGAUAGUUUAGGAGGCAAUGCAGUCACAGUAAUGCUGGCAACUGUCAGUCCCUGUCAAACUCAUUACGACGAAACAUUAAGCACUUUACGUUAUGCCAAAAAGGCUUCAUCUAUUAUUAAUUCAGCGAUGGUCAAUGAAGAUCCGAAAAGUCGAUUGAUUCGUGAAUUAAUGUCCGAAUUACGUAUCUUACAACAGAAAGCAUCUUCAAUUAUGUUUGAAUCCGGAACAUGUCAAGCUUAUGAGGCCGCUAAGCUUAGAGAAUUAAUCUCCAUUCGUGAAGAAGGUGUCCUACAGUUGCGAAGGAAGUUAACUGAUCGUCGCUCGUUCACUGGGGACCACUCUAUCCAAGCUGUUACAUCUGAACUAUGUAAAUCAACACAAACGUCAGAAGUUUAUCAAAAUGAACCGGAUACAGGCUCACGAACACUCCGAAGAGUACUCUCCACUCUUAAUUGUACAAAUACUAUUACUCCAUUACGCAUUCAUGAGGACAAAGUGGACUUCGAAGGGAUAGAAAAACCAUACGGACAAACUGCCUUACCUAGUUCUUCUGAAGUUUCUACUUCUGUUGGUCAUUCUUUGCUGUGUAGUCCUAUGACCCAUUGCCAGCUUGUUGACCAGAUUGCCAAUUUAAAUUGUACAUUACAAUCUGUACAAGAUUCGAAACAUGAUUGUAGUGAACUACUAAGGUUCAGUGUUUCACAAUUUCUUCAACAUAAGGCGUCUACGCUCUGCAAUUGAAGAUAAUCUUAGAAUGUAACCUCAUCCUACUAAAUUUCGAGAGUGAACUCAAUCAGAAGGUCGUCAUAUUGCAAGAAAAAUUACUAGCGCAAACUCGUUUACUUGAUAACUUCAGACAGGCCUUUGACAAGCUGAACCGAGAAUAUCAAGCUAUACUGCGAUUAUUUCCUCAUUUGUUGAAGAAAGUUGCACACAUGACCUUACCCGACAAUGAACUAAGCAGUAUAACAAGUCAUUUGGUAAGUGUGCAUUAAAUUCCUAAGGUUGUUAUUAUCCUUGAGCUCUCACCAGUGAUUUAGUUCUAGGUCUCAUCAAGAUGUUUUUGAGAUAAGCUUUAUCUAGUAACACCUUCAUAUAAUGUUCUGUAAGAUUUUAUUUUUUUCAGAAUAACUAUACGGAGCUACGCUCGACCUUCCCCUCUACGGAUACUUCAUCAGUUAACCAGCUAAGACACACCGUAAGUUAUGCUACCUUCAUCCCAAUUUAAUGGAUAUAGAAUUAAUCGUUUCCCAUAACCUUAAUAUAGCUUAUAAACGCAAUGACUGCAGACGUAGCUCAGAUAGUGGAUGGGAAUAUGAAGUGAUGUUAAAUAGACGUAAACAGUACACGAUAGUUUUUGGCGCAGAUGUUAUGAAUUAGAUGAAAACUAUCUGAGCUGUGUAUCAGCUUGACCAACUUUAACAUCAAGUCAUUAUCAUUUCAAAAUGAAAUAUGAGCAUACUACAAACGCAGAUCAAUUGAAUGAUACAAAAGCCCACAGCUUACUAUUUUUACGUUUCAGACAGUGAAUGAUACCGUUGAAAUAUCCGCACUGAUAACAUGUUUUCAGUAGAAACUAUGCCCAUAGACGAAUUGUUUUAGCUGUAAGGGAUCAUCUGAUGAUAUCAGGUAUUUCGUGUGGGCUUCCAGUUAUUCCCAUAUUUUCUAAUACAUGUGGUUCUGUAGGACUAUCAAUCAAUAGGCGACAUAAUUUAUUGUCCAUUUUUAUCAUUUCAGGUUUCUACUUGUGUAUCAGGAAAACCCAAGUGUGACGCAUUACAACUUAGAUGAAAUUGCAUGUCUGCAGAUCGUCAAAAUUCAUGUACAUAAAAUGUUUCUUGUAAAUAAAUUUCCCU